UACCUAGGUGGGUAGCGAACUCGGGGGACGGUCGCAAAUCGCAAAUCGCUUAUCAUCUAUCACCCCACCUUCGGACCUCAAGAUUUCCUAGAAACUUGACACAAUUUCACAUUGCGACCAGUUGCAAUUCAUGCGCCCGAGUUCUUCAUUUAAGGGGAAAUGCCUCGGGAUCCCUUAAUCGGCCUUGUGGGCAAGCCCUCCGCCGGGAAAAGCACAACGCUGAACAGUUUGACCGAUGCAACAUCCAAAGUUGGAAACUAUCCUUUCACCACGAUCGAUCCCCAACGAGCCAUCGGGUAUCUCCAAAUAACAUGCGCCUGCGAGCGAUUUGGCGUCCAAGAUAAAUGCAAGCCUAACUAUGGAUCAUGUGUCGACGGCCGCCGUUCUGUACCCAUCGAGCUUCUCGACGUAGCUGGACUCGUUCCCGGUGCGCACGAAGGCAAAGGACUCGGCAACAAGUUUUUAGACGAUCUUCGCCACGCCGAUGCAUUGAUACAUGUCGUGGAUGCGAGUGGAAGGACAAAUGCUGAGGGCGAAAAUACACGAGGCUAUGAUCCUUCCCAAGAUAUAGCUUGGUUGCGCAGCGAGAUUGUUGCUUGGAUCAAGGGGAACCUAUGGGAGAAAUGGGGUUCCAUAAAGCGGCGCCACGUCGCUACCAAAGCCACCGCUGUCGAAACCCUACAGGGACAAUUCUCUGGUUACGGAAGUACAGCUUCUGUGGUAGCCCGGACAUUGGAUCGCCUUGGCCUGAAGGAGCCGCUCGAGAGCUGGAGCGAGGAAACUGUAGAUCGUGUAGUCAGCGCGUUUACAGACGAAAAAUUCCCUACUGUGAUUGCGCUGAAUAAGAUUGACGAUUCCGACGCUUAUACGAACCUCAUGAAGAUUACCAAGAUGCGGGAUCCCAAUAUGGUUGUGGCGUGUUCAGCAAAAGCUGAAUUGUUCCUACGGAAGAUGGCCAAACAAGGUUACAUACGAUAUACAGAGGGGACGGAGUUCGUGGAUACGCGUGAGGACUUAAUCGCAGACGGUGACCCAGAAGGAGGGGGGUUAAAGGAACUAGACGAGAAGAACAAGAAUACCAUUGAGGAGUACAGGGAUAUGAUCCUAUUCCGUUAUGGAUCUACCGGUGUAGUCCAGGUCCUCUCAAAGGCGGCUGAGAUAUUAGGGCUCGUACCAGUUUUCCCCGUACGAAACAUAUCGACCUUCAGUUCCGGCUCAGACACGAAGGUCGCAUUCAGAGAUUGUGUUCUUGUGAAAAAGAAUACAACUGUUGGUGAUGUCGCAAGGAAAGUGAUGGGCGAUGCGCCAAUCGCCUAUGUGGAAGGCGUCGGGAGCGUACGAGUAUCGGAGGACGCCGUUGUAUCGGUAGGCAAGAAUGAUGUUUUAUCAUUUAAAAUCGGUCGAGCAUAGCAAAUAUAAGACUUGAUCAAUGAUGUAGUGCUUCUGAUGCAUGAUACCGCAUAAACCAAGAUCGUGCAACAACUUAGGUGGGAUCUCACAUGGUGGUUGUUCCAUUCCAAAAUACUAACUUCGAUCAAUUCCGGUUUCUUGACCGCUCGCUAUAAAUCUAUUCCAAUCCUCACCGCAGAGCCAUAUAUAACGAUCGACAACUAAAAUUUGUCCUAUUUCGAAUUGGGAAGCGUAUAACGAAUGUUGGUAGCUAGUUAUAGUUUCGCAAACGUUGUGAUGUCACAUGCAAACUCAAAUUCGAUUGCAUUAAUAUAUAUAUGUUCAGUCAAAUG